AUGUCGUUCGGCGCUUUCUUCCUCAGAAUAAUCGGUGUCGGUGAGGCCAGGAUUGGCAUGAUAUGGUUUAUGCUGGCUAUUCUCCCAAAUAUCGUUGUUCUCAUCGGUUGCGCCUCGCCCAACACGCAAUCAGUCUAUCUCUUCAAAGUCGGAGGUGCGGACCUUGUCAAUGCAACCGCCAAUGUGACUGGCAUCUCUCCAAAUAAGCUCAAAACGGUUGAGCUUCCAGAAUACUGGUACUGGGGACUCUCAGGUGUAUGCAUGAACGUCAAAACUAGGUCUUUGUUUGGUGAUGAAGAGAAGAUCACCUGCAAACAGAGCUUCCCACCCGUCUUCACCGUUGAAGACAUGAUCUCCUUCGCCGUCGAAACACAACUUGGUGACAACAAAAACACCUCGGUCAAAGCCAAAAUGAUGGAACCAUGGAAGCAUGCACUUGUAAAGAUCGAGGACCGUCUUGUCGACCCUUCCCGCCCCAGGGAUCUCAUGAGAGCUGCGGCAGCUUUUUGUGUCCUUUCCACAAUUCUUUCCCCCAUUAUUAUGAUCCUCACAGUGUUGUACUUUACCAUCCUGCGCGACUAUCUGAAACGUUGGAUGCUUUAUUCUCUCGCUUUUCUUGACGCACUGUUGUUCACUGGCGCAGGUGUUAUGAUUGGCUACGCUAUGCGCGAAGGUCCAAGAGGCAUCAUCGAGCUUGCUGGUAUGCCCCAGAGCGGUAUGUAUGGUCCGGGCAACACUGCUUUUACUUUGGGUGCUCUGGUCAAGUACAUUGCUAUCGAGCUGUUCUUGGUUCUUUUUCUUUUGGGAUUGUUUCUUGUUCUUUGGCUUAUUUAUUGCUGUUUGCUCUGCUGUGUUGAUGAUAGAGAGAGGGUCAAGGUCAAGAUCAUCCACGAGUACUUCCCGCAACACUGA